AGAGUUUUUUCAGUGAGUAAAUUGUGGGUGGGAAAAAGCAGGAGUGCAAAAAAAAAAGCGACGGGGGCAGAAAAAAAAAGGGAAUGCCGAUUGUCUUUUUAUAGUGAACAGCAGGUCGGAAAAAUGCAGCCUGGAAUGAGUUUGGAAGUGAUCAAUGAAGAAAGCAGUUUGUCCAGCAGUUUGAGCUCAAGUGUUGCUGCUGUGGUGCAAGAAACAAAUUCCCUCAUUUCUUCCAAUAAUGGGAAACACGCCAGCACAUGUCACAACGACAUGCGCGAAAUCAUGCUGGACAAGACCGAACACAAAAACAACAAUAACGGUCAAGAUCAAAACAGCCAGCAUGAAGAUGACGGCAUUGGAGAUGAAAUCCUCACUGAAUCUUCAUCCAGUGUCAACACAUCCCAUGAUGACAAUGACCACAGCAGACCUGUUAGUGCCAGUGGAGCAGUUCCUUUUUUGCGUCCAGAUUCCACCAGCUCAGCAGAAGCUGAAGAAGAUGGAGAUGCACCUGUUCCUGCCCCUAGGAAACACAAGUCUGCUCAGCAACAACCCCUUGCUGCUGAAGAAGAAUUGUCAUCAACACUUGCAGAACUUGAUGAAACUCAUCCUCACCCUGAAGCAGCUGAAACUGCGCCAAAAGUGGAACCAGUCCUGAUUGAAACAGUGGCUGAAGUUCAUCAAGCUGAAGAGCCUUUGAUGGAUGUUGCUGACAACAUAGUUGAGAAAAUUAUUCCUUCACCUGCAACAAGUGAAAAAGGAGAUGAAGAAGCAAUUCUUGAAACUACAACCACAGUUGAAGCAUCAGCAGCAGAGACUGCUGCUGAUGCUGAUGAUAGUUCAGUGAAAGAAUUGAAGACUGAGCUGGCCCAAGAUGAUGAUGUUAUUCAAGAAGAACUUGUGGUUGAGGAUUCAAGGUCCUUUGAGAGUCUGAAGAAUGCAAUUGAGGAGCAANUUCUUGAAACUACAACCACAGUUGAAGCAUCAGCAGCAGAGACUCCUGCUGCUGAUGAUAGUUCAGUGAAAGAAUUGAAGACUGAGCUGGCCCAAGAUGAUGAUGUUAUUCAAGAAGAACUUGUGGUUGAGGAUUCAAGGUCCUUUGAGAGUCUGAAGAAUGCAAUUGAGGAGCAAAUCAUGGGAGUAGUCGUCCUCCGACUUCGUCUGGUCGGACGUCAUGAAUGUUUGGAGAGCUUGACCCCACUUCCCAAGAACAGGGAAGUGAAUGUCAAGGAACUCCCAAAACCUCUCACAGUGAAGAGAGUCAAGGCCCUUUUUGAGAACUUCAAUCAACAUGAGGCCCUGAGUGAAUUGAAAGCAGUGAAAGCCAAUCGCAAGAGCCUCAUCCUGCGCAGAGUCAGCAAUAAUAAUGCUGGUGGAUCAUCAGCAACACCAGGCCUUGAAGAGGGUGUCAGCACCAAGAGGCCAUUUGUGAAAGCACUUUCCUUCUACAGGUGCUUAUCCUUGUCCACUGUGGCAGAUCCCAGGCCUCAGCUCAACAGGUGUCCUUCUGAUGAGAGGGAUCUGAAGCAGGGCUGGAGGUGUUGGUCCCCUGUGCCCAGCAGUGAUGAAGAAGACAAUGACACUGAUGGACAAGUGCAGGAGUUCCCCAUGUUGUUGAGGACUAAGCAAAUUGACCCCAAGGCACUGGAAAAGCUGAGGUCAUUCGGAACUUCGGUGACCUAUUUCGGAGGUCAAAUGAUCCAGAGUCAGCCCUACACAAACACCUUUGCAAGAGAAAUCAUGAGCGAGAUCCAGAGGGAAAACAAGACUUCACUGCCGAAAAUCAUCGGCUGCAUCUUCAAACAAGAUCCUAGGUGAUUUGUUACAUCAAAAUUGCACUUUUUUUUGCUGCUCCAGUGUCGCCAUCUUCCAUGCGUUCUUGACCCUAUAGACCCCAAGGUUUUUUCUCAGCAGAAAAAGGGACUCGACGAAUGGAGCACCGAAUAUCUGAAACCGGACAACGCUGAUUAACUGGCAAAAUCAACGCCAUUCGACGUAGUAUUUUCUUCAGAAGACGGAUUUUUUUUUUCAACAGCAUUGUUGGAUGGACGAAUCUGCGAAAAGUGAUAUGGUUUUGAGAAAAAAAAUUGUAAAGGAUUGAAAUUUUGUGCUCUUUCUCACUCUUGAAAAAAGCCGCAUUUGUAGAACCAUCGCCUGUGAAAUGUGUUGCAAUUAGUUGUUCCAUGUCUUGGUUUUUUUUCUCUGUCGCUCUUUCUGUUUUUAGAAUGAGAUUUUUGCAGUAAACGCGGUUGGAACUAUGUGAAAAAAAAACGUCGCAAUGAUUGAACAAAAAAACCCCAAUUCGGAUAAAACGAAUUCUUGUUCCAAAACAAUUUAGGAGAGGAAAAAAAGAGGGGAUUUCGAAGCGAA